AUGUCGUUUGCCGGCGUAUCCGUCGUUGCUGACGGCCGGCUGCUUAAGCCAUCGUCCGCAGCGUCGGCCAUCUACUCCAGCCCGGCGAGCAGCGGCGGCUGGUGGUAUCACCUGCUUGUGGUACAAGGUUACUCCCGCCUAAAAGACCUGCCCAAUGGACAUAGAAUCAAGGGAAGCUCCUUCCGAGCCGGAGGGUAUCGAUGGGCUCUGGAAUUCUAUCCCAACGGUAAUACCAUCACCAUGGAAUCUGCCGGUUUCAUGUCCGUUUUUCUCUUCCUUGCUGAUCAGCAUGUUGCACGACCUGUGGCGGUGCAUGGUCAGUUUAGUUUCAUUGAUGAGGUUGACAAGCAAGUACCUAGACGCAUCCGUGCAAGAAAAGCAUACUUCUGUGCAAACGACCGUAUCUGGGGAAAUCAAUUCAUAAAACUAGAGGACCUUGAGAAGUCGGAGCGUCUAAAGGAUGACUGUUUCACCAUCCGGUGCGACCUUAUCAUCGCCGAAGCUGCUGCUGCUGCCUUCAUUAAGGUUGGCGCCGAUGUGACGUUCAAUGUCGGCCAAGAGAGUUUUGCUGCUCACCGGAACAUUCUCGCGGCCCGUUCUGCUGUCUUCAUGGCGGAGCUCUUCGGCCCCAUGAAGGAGGGGACCACGGCGGGCCCCAUACGGAUACAAGACAUGGAACCCAACGUGUUCAACGCUUUGCUUGGUUUCAUCUACACCGACUUGAUGCCCAAGAUGAUGAAAGUGGGAGGAGAAGUUGGAGUCGAUGAGGUUACGUGGCUGCAACACUUGCUUGUUGCGGCAGAUCGGUUUGACCUCCAGCGGCUCAAGUUGAUGUGUGAAGAGAAGUUGUCGGAGCACAUAGAUUUGAGCUCGGUGACGGCCAUCCUUGGUCAGGCAGCAAAGCACCAUUGCCGCGGACUUAAGGAGGCCUGCCUGGAGUUCCUCAAAGUACAAUCUGCUGCAAUCUUGGGAGGAGUAAUGGCGACCAGCGACUGGCAGCGCAUAUCUGCAACUGACCCCUCCGUUCUGAAUGAGCUCAUCGCCAAGCUUGCCUCCAAAUCAUAGUUCGCUCGUUGUAAUGGGUGGGCUUUCACUUAGAGUAAAAUGCAUCGGUCAGUAA